AUGGAUAAAACCCUGUGUGAACAGUUUGAUACAUUGAGAAAAUAUUUACCCGAUGACUCAAGCAAUUCUACAACUAGUGAUAUUAAUAAAUUAGGGAAUGCUAAGAAUUAUUGUUCUAAUGAAGAAUCAGGGGAUACAGAAUGUAAGACUGAUCUUGAUAAUAUAAAUGCUGGUUGUUUAUGGUUGCUUGAGCAAUUGUUUGUGAAAAAUAGCAAAAAUAUCAGUACAGUUGAAUACAUUAUCAUAUGGUUAAGUUAUAAACUAAAUCAAAAGAAAUAUGACGGAAUCAACAAUUUAAAUGAUUUUUACAAAAAAUAUAUAGAAAAUAAUAGGCAUUAUACGAAUUGUAAACAAGGUGGUCAAGAUUGUAGUGGUUCAUUAAGUAGUAAUACAGGAUAUAACAAUUAUAAGGAAAUCAUAAAUAAAAGAAAGAGUUUGUUGAAUAUUAAUAUUAAAAAUAUGUCUAAAAUAUAUGAUGCAUUUAAACUAUUAUGUAACAUGUACACUGAACUUAAUGCAAACAGUACAAUAUCUGAGGAAUCUUUAGGAAAUGCUAAAAAUUUUGUUAAAAAAUAUAAAGAACUUAAUGACGAUUCUACAAUUAAUGGAGACGGGUCAUAUAAACAAGUAUUGUCUACAUUAUCAAUUGAUUAUAUUAAUUUUAAAAGUUCUUGUGCUGAUAGCGAUGAUUGUAACAAAAUUCCAUCCCUUACAUCGUCGGAAACAGAAGAAAAUGGUAUGCAAAGUUCUAAAAAUAUUUGUGAUGAUACACCAAGCUUAUCGAUAGCAAAAAAAUUAAUUCUAGCUUUAUUAAUAUUCAGUACAAUAUCAAUAUUUUUGGGAAUUUUUUUUAAGUGUUCGUUAUUUGUAUUACGGAAAAGAGCUCAAAAAGAAUAUUUAAGAGAAAAACUAAAAAAUAUAAAGAAGAGAAUGAAUCAUUAA